AUGAAGUUCCAGCAGCUUUCUCUUGGGGCCAGCCUUCUCGGGCUGGCAUACGCGACUAGUCUCAAGGAUGUUUGCACUGCCAGUCAUGCCAAAUCGGCCUUGUCGGCAAGUGACUUCAUGGAGGGCGUCUCCAUCAAGGCAUCUACCGUUACCGCCUCACCCGUGUACAAUACUUCUGUCUCUGGGCAAAUCUUCUUCCCAGACGCCACCUUCGAUUACUGCAAUGUCACCUUUGCCUACUCCCAUGCAGGCCGUGAUGAUCAAGUGUGGUUAGAGCUUUGGCUUCCAGCGCCCGACAAGUUCCAGAAUCGUUGGCUGUCGACUGGAGGCGGUGGAUUCGCAAUCAACUCUGGAUCACGGUCCCUUCCCGGUGGAAUCAUGUACGGCGCCGCUGCCGGUAUCACCGAUGGUGGGUUUGGAGGAUUCACCGAACAGGUGGACUCAGUCUUCCUCCUUGCCAAUGGAACCAUCAAUCGCGAUGCGCUUUACAUGUUCGGAUACGAGGCUCACCACGAGUUGACUGUGAUUGGAAAGGCGUUUACCAAGAGCUUCUUUGGUAGCAAGGAUAAGCUCUAUGCUUACUACCAAGGAUGUUCGGAGGGUGGCCGCGAGGGCUGGAGCCAAGUGCAGCGCUAUGCAGACGACUGGGAUGGUGCUAUGAUCGGUGCUCCCGCCAUGCGAUACGGCCAGCAGCAGGUCAACCACCUAUUGCCCAACGUCGUUGAGCAGACCAUGAACUACUACCCCCCUCCGUGUGAGCUGGAGAAGAUCAUGAACCUGACGAUUGCCAGCUGCGAUAAGCUUGAUGGCCGUGAGGACGGGGUGGUCUCGCGCACUGAUCUUUGCAAGCUGCACUUCGAUAUGAACUCUACCAUUGGUGCUUCUUACCACUGCGCCGCUUCUUCAAGCACCAUCAACCUGAAGAAGCGUGUUUCGAUGUCGAGCAACACACCGGAACAGAGUGGAAAGGUGACUGCAAAGGGUGCCGCUGCCGCCAAAAAGAUGUUGGAAGGCCUGCACACCCUCGACGGAAAGCGCGCCUACAUCUGGUACCAGCCCAGCUCAUCAUUCGAUGAUGCUCAGACUCAAUAUAACAGUGACACUGGAAAGUGGGAACUGAGCAUCACUUCUUUGGGCGGCGAAUGGGUCACCCGGUUCCUUGAAUUGGUCGAUCUCGACAACCUGCCUAACCUGCAAAAUGUGACUUACGACACAUUGACCGAGUGGAUGAAGUUGGGUUGGAGCCGCUACGAGGAUGUUCUUCAGACAACAAUGCCCGACUUGACUCCAUUCCACGCUGCAGGCGGCAAGAUUCUCACUGUCCACGGCGAGUCUGACCCUAGUAUUCCCGCUGGAUCUUCCGUCCAUUACCACAACUCAGUCCGGAAGACGAUGUACCCUCACAUGUCUUACAAGGAUGGCAGCAACGCCCUGGCUGAUUGGUACCGUCUGUAUCUGAUCCCUGGAGCCGCGCACUGCGGUCCAAGCGAUUACCAGCCAAAUGGGCCCUUCCCUCAGACAACCUUGGAGACAUUGAUCCAAUGGGUUGAGAAGGGUGUUUCUCCCAAGAGACUCAAUGCAACUGUGCUUCAGGGUGAACAUGAGGGCGAGAAGCAAGAGAUUUGCCCUUGGCCGCUUCGCCCUCUGUGGAAGAACAACGGAACUACCAUGGAUUGCGUGUUCCACCAGGCUUCCAUCGAUACCUGGACGUAUGACUUUGAUGCUUACAAGCUCCCAUUGUACUAG